AUAUCAUACAAUCUCAAGUUCUUGAUAGAUAUAUAAAAACACAAACACAUAUAUCAUCAUCAUCAUCAGCAUAACAUGAUGGUUUCUAGGUCAUGGAAGAUGAUAGCAGCUGCUAUCGUUACCAUUACUUUCUUACUUGAUCUUGAUCUCGCCGAAAUGCCUCCAAACUAUACGUUCAUGCGAGAAGCAACCGAAGCACCUAAGGUUUCAUUCUACGACUACAUCGUAGUUGGAGGUGGCACCACUGGAAUCCCCGUGGCCGCCACCCUCUCUGAGAACUCAUCUGUUCUAUUGCUUGAACGUGGUGGCUCACCCUACCCCAAUCCCAAUGUCACCCUGGGUGCCAACUUCGGAACCUACUUCUUCGAUACAUCACCCGAUUCUCCCUCUCAACAGUUUGUUGUCGAGGGUGUUGUCAAUGCUCGUCCUCGUGUCUUGGGUGGCGGUACUUGUAUUAAUGCCGGUUUCUAUACUCGUGCUGAAGAUAGAUUCUACACUGAAGCUGGAUUAACCGAUGCAAAUUUGAUCGAAGAAUCCUACCAAUAUGCAGAAAAAGUGAUGGUUUUUGAGCCAGUUCUUGGUGGGUGGCAGACUGCCCUUCGAGCAGCAAUGCUCGAAGCUGGGGUCACACCCGACAAUGGCUAUACAUUUGACCAUCUCAAUGGUACUAAAACCGGUGGUAGUAUUUUCGAUCCAGAAGGGGUGCGACAUACUGCCGCAGAUUUGCUGCAAUAUGCCAACCCAGAUGGGUUGUCUCUUCUUCUACACGCAAGUGUCCACAAGAUCUUAUUUAGGACGAAAGGAAGAUCAAAGCCCAUGGCUUAUGGAGUAGUGUUCGAAGAUUCACUCGGAAAAAUGCAUCGGGCAUAUCUAAAAAGUGGAAAGAAAAAUGAAAUUAUAGUGUCUGCUGGAGCUCUUGGUAGCCCACAACUUUUAAUAUUGAGUGGAAUAGGUCCAAAAGAGCAACUCGAUGCCCUUAAGAUCAAAGUCGUGGUUGAGCAACCUUUGGUUGGUCAAUACAUGGCUGAUAACCCGCUAAAUGGAUUUUUCAUCCCUGCUCUCGUUCCUGUUGAGCGAUCCCUAGUCCAAACCGUUGGUAUUACCGAGUUCGGUAGCUAUAUCGAGGAAUCCGGUGGUAUUAAUUUUCUCUUGGCAGAUACUCCUACAUAUCUGGGGUAUGACUAUCAGAUGGGCGGGUUUAUAUUCGAGAAAACUGAUGGCCCUCUAUCUAUGGGUAACCUAACUAUAGUAAACCGUAAUCCAGGUGACAACCCUAACGUAACAUUCAACUACUUCAAGGAACCUGAAGACCUAGAAAAGUGUGUUAAGGGACUCGAAGUCAUGCUAGCAGCUAUUGAGUCAGAUGCAUUCUCCAACUACAGAUAUCCGAAUAUGACAGCUCAAGAUAUUCUCGAUCUUAACAUCCAAUAUCCCUAUAACCAAAAUGAAAAUAGUAAAACAUUUUCAACCCUAGAACAAUAUUGCAAGGACACCAAAAGCACCAUAUGGCAUUACCAUGGUGGGUGUCGAAUUGGCAAAGUACUUGACGAAGAAUACAAGGUUCUUGGCGUCGAUGGUCUUCGAGUCAUGGACGGAUCGACUUUCCUCAACUCUCCAGGAACUAAUCCGCAAGCUAGCCUCAUGAUGCUCGGAAGAUACAUGGGAGUUACGAUGCUGGCACAAAGAUACUCAGCCGACAAACCAUAUGCGGAUAUGUGAUUGCCAUCAGACGAUUUUUUUUCUAAAGAUAUCGAUAUUGAUUUUCGUUAAUAAACGUCGAUAUCUUAAGUUUAUGAAAUUGUAUGUUACUUGGAUGAUUAUUUUGUUAAAGAAGAAUAAAAACGGUGUGAAUUUUUUUUUCU